AUGUACGCCCUUAGUGGCGGCAUGCAUCCCACCAUCAUCAGCCAAGGCAACAGGUUCGUUGCACUGGAAGACAACAAUGCGAAAGAGGUAACGAACAGAAACUAUGCACCGGAGUCGGAAUGGAGCAAGUGGAUAUGGAGAUCGGAAGGAGAUUUGUUGUUGAACGGAGCUCGUUUUAGGACAUCGGGGCCACUCAAAUCUCCACAUUAUGAAUUCACCAAGAUGGAGAUGAUCGAUGCGAAGCCGGCAACAUUUGUCGGAAAACUCACUAAAUUUACCGGAGCUAUUGAGUGCAAAAAAGGGGAAACAGUGUUAACAGGCUCCACGUGA